AUGGGGGACGCAGUGGUGGAUGUAUUGGGGAUUUUCCUCAUGAUCGUCUGGCGAGCAGAAUGUGAUCAAACAGUUUUUCACAUCUAUAAAGGAGUCAAGGCAUUUUCAUUCUGUAAAAGAAAGAACUUUCUGCUGACAGGUGGAAUGGAUGGAAUAAUUAGAGUCUGGAAUCCUUAUGUGCCUGGAAAACCAACAGGUAUGCUGAAAAGCCGCACGGCUCCAGUGAUCUACAUCCAUGUGUCUGCUGAGGAUAACAAAAUAUUUUCCAUGUCCACUGACAACACUGUUAAGAUCAGGGAUCUGGAGACCGACAGCUGCUUAAUUACUGCCUCCUGCAAAGCCAGCGGUAUUAAGGGGGAGCUGGCAGCCUGCAUCUAUCUCCCCAGCCCCAGAGCCCUGUGUGUGGCCACUGAUGCUGUUGCGCUCCUGCACCUGAGGCUGAGGUAUUGCCCCCCGCCUCCCCCUCUCCGGUUUCCCCAUAAAGAGCCCGUAGUGUGCUGCCGGUACAACCCCGCCUUCCCGCAGGUGGUCAGCUGCUCAGAAGCAUCCGUGGUGAAAAACUGGGACUUGGAAACAGGAAGACUGUUGUCUGAAUUCAUUGGGGCUCAUGGCAAUGCUGGGAUCACUAGUCUGACCUUUGACUCCAGCGGACGAAGGCUAAUUAUUGGGGGCAGAGACGGCUGUCUGAAAAUAUGGAACUACAACAAAGGGCAUUGUCUGCACACCCUGAAACAUGAUGAAAAGCAAAGUGAAGUCUGUGAUUGUACCUUCUUGGAGGUGAACCAAAAUAAGUGUAUCAUAGCUGUUGGAUGGGACAGAAGAAUAAACGUGUAUUUUGACACACCACAUGCCUUUCAUCACUUCUGGAAGCCACAGACACACUGGCAGGAUGACCUGAACCAUGGGCACAAGGAGGACAUUCUCUGUGUGGCUCAAUGCCCACCUUUUCUUCGUGCCACCUCCAGUUAUGAUGGGGAGAUUAUCAUUUGGAAUGUCAUCUCAGGCCACAUGUACUGCAAGCUGAAUGCUCCCAGACCCUCUGAUGACACAGAAAACAGAGAAGGCACAGACCGAAGCGUUUCCUGCCUCACCUUCCUGAAGACGCGGGCCGCCAACUUGGAAUCCGCGGCUGCUUCCCUCAUCACCAGUGGGCCCGGAGGCUCUGUCACCUUCUGGAGGCUGCUCGAUGGGGGCCUGCCCGUUGCAAACUUCACUCCUUCUAGAGACAAAGCCCAGGUCAGCAGCAUCAUGGUGACAGCAGAAGAUGCCCUCGCCUGUGUGGCUGACCAGGAAGGCUUUGUGCUUGUCUGCGAUGUCAAGGAGCACGGCCUGCAGGGACCAGAGCUGCAGCCUCCCGAGAAUGUGACCUUCUGGUGGGCCCAUGUCAGCAUGGUGACACCUUUGGAGAUGAUAGAAGAAAAGGUUCUGCUGUUGUCCUCCCUCGACCACACUGUGCGCCUGUAGAGCAUGGACGGGGAGUACAUAGGGAGCUUUGGGCAGAGUAGCACCUGGGACAUUUUCACUCCUGCCUCCUGGAGCCACCCUAGGGUCCCCUAUGAAAUUUUGACAGACCCCCAGAGCAUGUCUUCUCACCCAGUACUGGAAGGGGAUGUUCCUGCAAUGGACCCAGGAGGAGAAAGACGACAUGGUGGAGGAAAAAGCCAGUGCUAA